AUGGCUAUAGGGGCACCGCUUGUCAUAGCAGCCGUCGUUUACACAAUUUUGGCAUGGCUUUUGAAACGCAUUCUUGAUCCCCUUCGACGAAUCCAGGGUCCUUUCCUAGCACGGUUUACCCGUCUCUGGCUGGUUAAACAGGCUUGGUAUGGGGAUUUUCACAAGGUGAAUGUUGAGUUACACCGGCGUUACGGCCCCGUUGUCAGGAUUCGACCAAACGAAUAUAGCAUCGAUAACCCAUCUGCAGUCAAGCCCUUGUACGGCGCAGGAACCAAGUUCAUCAAAGGCACCUGGUAUUCUGCCUCGACGCCGGUGGCGGUUGCCCACCUGAACUUAUUCGCUCUGCAAGAUCAGAAGCAGCACGGGAACUUGAGGAAGAAGUACAGCUCACUAUACUCAGUGUCGUCGCUGGUCAGAUAUGAGUCUGUUGUGGACAAAAACGCGAGGAAGCUGGCGCGGCACUUGCGGACCUUUGUAGAGUCGGGCGAUAGAAUAGACCUGAUGCACUGGCUUCAAUGCUACGCAUUCGAUGUCAUCACUGAGAUCACGCUCGGGUACCCUCUCGGAUUCCUCGACAAGGGGCAAGAUAUCGACAGAUUGAUGUCUACCACCGAAGAAACCCUGACUUACGGUGCUAUUGCCGGGUUUUUCCCAACGCUGCAUCAUUUCACCAAUAAGUAUCUCAAGUACGACCCUACAAACCAAGAUCAGAGAAUAAAUGAGAAUGAACCGGCGCCCUUCGCCAGGCUUUUCCAAGAAAAGCAAGCCGAAGCCCCCGAUGUGUAUACAUUUGAGAUUGGCGUCACCCUGUUGAGCCAAAAUCUGGCCGCUGGGAGCGAUACGACCGGGAUUAGUCUGGCUGCAGCCUUCUAUUGGUUACUACAGCACCCUCACUGCAUACAGAGGCUACUUAACGAUAUAAGAGAGACGUAUCCAAAUAAGAGAGAGGAUGAAUUCUUCACUUUCCAGGAAACCCAGACGAUUCCCUACCUGCAGGCCAUCAUUAAGGAGGUCCUCAGACUUCACCCUGCAACCGGCCUGCCAAUGGCUCGUCUCGUCCCCAAGGGCGGCGCUGAGAUCGCCGGCGUCCAUUUUCCAGAAGGAGCAACCGUGGGAAUCAACGCCUGGGUCGCACACCAUAACAAAGAGGUCUUUGGUCCCGAUGCGGAUGAUUUCCGUCCAGAGCGAUGGCUUGAUUCAGAGCCAGACGUUCUCUCCGCCAUGGAACGGUACUUCCUUGCCUUCGGCAGCGGCUCCAGAACCUGUAUUGGCAAGAACAUCAGCUACCUUGAGAUCUCAAAAUUAAAAAUGGGCCUCUCACAAGAACUCGCAUCGUGGUUCGCUCCACCGCAGAUCGAAACAUUGCCCCCGCCCCAGGUGGGCCAACCAGCACCAUCUACCUCCAAGCUGGCUCUACCAGCCGAGAAUGGAAAGCCAACCAUCGUUGCAUUCCUCCGCCACUGCGGAUGCCCAGAUGCCUUCAAAGUCGCCGAAGCGACCUUCAUUGAAAUGCGCACGGCAGCGACUCAGCACCGCGACAUCAACUUCGUCGCGGUUUCACACAGUGACCAAGCGUCCACGGAGAAGUGGGUGGAAGCCAUCAGGGAAGACGAAGAAUCGCUGACGGAUUCCGUCACUGUAAUUGUCGAUGCUGACCGUGAGAUCUAUGCCCAGUGGGGCCUGGGUGUUGUUUCUUGGGGCCAUUUACUCAGCCCAACUGCUAUGCACGCUAUCUAUAAGCUGGGCUCGGAGAAGGGCAUCUGGAAUAGGCCGACUGAGAGUGGAAGCCGCUGGCAGUCUAGUGGACACUGGGCGAUUGAUGAAAAGGGCAUUGUGCGCUGGGGAGGCCCGGCGGCGAGGGUGGAUGAAGUCAUUGAUAUCUCGCAGGCUAUAGGGGCUUUGAGACAGCAUUCCUCUUAA